UGAUUUGUUACUCAAAAUAAAAAAUUUAGAGAUAAGUGCAAAAAAUCGAAUUUUAUAAAGAAGCUUGCAAUUCAAGCUGCAAUUAAAGACAGAAAAUAAUAUUAAUAUCCACUUGUUUAACAUGUCUGACGACCGUUGUCUAUUCUGCAUUAGCGCGAGAAGCUUUGUGAAGAUCACCCUGCAUGUUGACUUAUAUUUAGUAAUGUUUGCCAUACCGCAAUGGAUGCUGUUGGCGAUGUACGCGCCGAAAGAUCAUCUGCUCCAUACGCUAAUCUGCUUCAUUGGAUCGUUCAUGUUGCUGAGUGCGAUACAGAAGAGCAGUGCGCUCAAGUAUAAUUGGCCCUGGAACUGGCUGGCCAUUGGCUGCUGCUAUGAGCUGGUGACCCUCGGUCUGGGCACAUUGCUGAUGAACACAGACUUCCAGCAGACGAUGAUGUUAGUCGCCGUGGCCCUAUUGAUUUGCGGCUUUGUCUUGGUGCUAUGCUUUUUCAUCGUUAAUGGUUACCAUUUUCCCAAUCCCUAUGGGCUGGCUGGCCUGGCCAUUCUGGGCUUCAUUCAGGUGACGGUGAUUAUGACCGUGAGCACCGUAUUUUAUUGGCAGCACUGGACGGAUCUGGCGAUGUUGGUGUUGUUGAUAAGCGUGCUGACCAUGAUGGUAUCCCUGGUGCUGAUCUCUUUUCAUAACCACGAGGUACUAAUUCGAGACGAUGCCUUGCUUGUGGCAUUUGUGCUCUAUGUGAACUAUGUGCUGGUAUUGAUGGCCUGCUUCAUAUGCUACCAACGCGUCGACAAUAACUUUGCCAGCAGAUCCAAAUCCGGCCGAAAGGCCGCCGUCGCCUCACCUUCUGUCUGACGUGCUGGCAUGCAAGGCUGUGGCUCAAUAACGAAUCGAAGGCGCCCACAGAUUGCCUUUACAUAUAUAUUAUUCAUAUACAUAUAUAUAUAUGUAUAAAUAUAUAUUGAUAUAUGUAUGUGCUUGUAUUCGCAUAUGACACAAAUGAUUCAUCCGCCUGUUGUUGCGCUCAUCGUACCGUUCGAGCUGCUGCUGCCGCCGCCUGCUCCCUUUCCAGGCCGCAGCCUCAAUCACGUCGCAUUCUCAGCGGGUUCUGCAUCCGUUCGAGCUGAAUCAUUUGCGCUGCAGCUGGGCUUCGUACGUGACAUUCGUUUUGAUCUCAAAGCGAAUUCUUUCAAAUAUUUUAGACUAUUCGCAUGCGUUGUACUCGAAGCACAAAUUAAAGU